UGCUAGGCACCCCCUGCUCCGGCCAGGCCUCCCUGCAGCCCCCUCCCCAUGUGAGCGCGGCUGGGCGUGCGGGGCGCGGGAGGAAGAGGAGGACCUACGGGCGCCGGCCGGAAGGCAGCUGGCAGCAGGCCCAGGCGAGCGGCGCCGCGUUCAUGUUCCGCCAGGAGCAGCCACUGGCCGAGGGCAGCUUCGCGCCCAUGGGCUCCCUGCAGCCGGACGCGGGCAACGCCAGCUGGAACGGGACCGAGGCACCUGGGGGUGGCGCCUGGGCCACCCCUUACUCUCUGCAGGUGACGCUGACGCUGGUGUGCCUGGCGGGCCUGCUCAUGCUGCUCACCGUGUUUGGCAACGUGCUUGUCAUCAUCGCGGUGUUCACAAGCCGCGCGCUCAAGGCGCCCCAGAACCUCUUCCUGGUGUCGCUGGCCUCGGCCGACAUCCUGGUGGCCACGCUCGUCAUCCCCUUUUCGUUGGCUAACGAGGUCAUGGGCUACUGGUACUUCGGCAAGGCGUGGUGCGAGAUCUACCUGGCGCUCGACGUGCUGUUCUGCACGUCGUCCAUCGUGCACCUGUGCGCCAUCAGCCUGGACCGCUACUGGUCCAUCACGCAGGCCAUCGAGUACAACCUGAAGCGCACGCCACGCCGGAUCAAAGCUAUCAUCGUCACCGUGUGGGUCAUCUCGGCCGUCAUCUCCUUCCCGCCGCUCAUCUCCAUCGAGAAGAAGGGCGGCGGCGCCGGCCCGCAGCCCGCCGAGCCGCGCUGCGAGAUCAACGACCAGAAGUGGUACGUCAUCUCGUCCUGCAUCGGCUCCUUCUUCGCGCCCUGCCUCAUCAUGAUCCUGGUCUACGUGCGCAUCUAUCAGAUCGCCAAGCGCCGCACCCGCGUGCCGCCCAGCCGCCGGGGCCCGGACGCCGCCGCUGCGCCGCCGGGGACAGCGGAACACCGCGAGAAGCGCUUCACGUUCGUGCUGGCCGUGGUCAUCGGCGUGUUCGUGGUGUGCUGGUUCCCCUUCUUCUUCACCUACACGCUCACGGCCGUCGGCUGCUCUGUGCCUCGCACGCUCUUCAAGUUCUUCUUCUGGUUCGGGUACUGCAACAGCUCGCUAAACCCGGUCAUCUACACCAUCUUCAACCAUGACUUCCGCCGCGCCUUCAAGAAGAUUCUCUGCCGGGGGGACCGAAAGCGGAUCGUGUGA